ACUGGACUGGUCUCACUGGUCACCGGAUGGUGUUGCGUGUAAUCUUGCAAUGUGAAGAGUUAUUGAAUUAUAAGAUUUUCUUUAAUCGUUUUGAGGAGAUUAGAAGUAAUAACCAAAAAAGGAACAAAAGUCUAUUCUAAAUAAUUGAGGAAGCUGGUGUGUGGAAAUGGGACCUGAUCGACUUGAACAAAGUGAGGCUAUGCCAAAGGUCGACAUAUUAAAAGACGCGGGAAGGAUCAAGUCUACAGAUAAAGUUUAUAUGAAACGUAUGGAAGAGCAGAACUUGCAGAGAGUGAAAGUAGUGCAGAAAUAUCGUAAAGCUAAUAACCGCACGGCCAUCACUCUAGGCCUCGGUGUCAUUGGAAUUUACGCUUACACAAUAUAUUCAGUUAAACAGGAGAAAUUCUUAGACGACUUUGAGGUGCCAGAAAAGACGAUUAAGAAGAUUACAUAAGAGGUCACUUUGUUCGACAUGUGAACAAAGAAAUUUUUGGCUUAUCGUGUUAAAGAGUUUAUAUUUCUUUCGCUUAUAUAAUAGGAUAUAUAGCUUAGAGAGUGAUA